GAACGCGGCCAAUGCACACUCAGAGAAAAAGAUAUUUAUCAACAUAGACAUAACGUAUGAUUACGAAUCUUGCGGAAAUUGAGAUUAAGCAGUUUACGAAAUGAAAGCAGUAAUACAACGAGUAUCGAAAGCUUCAGUUUCAGUCGAUGGAGAAGUUAUUAGUAGUAUUGGAAAUGGACUAUGUGUAUUAAUUGGUAUAAAGAAAGGUGAUGGAGCGGUAGAUAUGGAAUACAUAGUGAGAAAAAUAUUGAAUACCAAACUUUUUGAUGGCGACAAGGGUAAAAAAUGGGGUGCCAGUGUAGCAGAUAAGAAAUAUGAAAUAUUGUGCAUUAGUCAGUUUACAUUGUAUCAUGUUUUGAAAGGAAAUAAGUUAAAUUUUCAUAAAGCUAUGCCUGCACAAGAAUCAGAACCCUUUUAUAUGAACUUUCUUGCCACAUUGCGUAGAAAAUAUAUACCAGAAUUAAUCAAAGAUGGUAAGUUUGGUGCAAUGAUGGAAGUUAGUAUACAGAACAGUGGGCCAGUAACAUUGGAAAUAGAAUCCUCAGAUAGGUUAAUUUGUAAUGAUGAAAAAUUCAACAAUACAGAAGACGAAAGUGUCUUUUAACCAAGCAUCUAUUAAUGAUUAAGCAUUUAUAUGUAUAUAUAUGUUAUAAAAUAAUUCAAUAAACUCAUAUACAUAAAGUGUAAUA